CACGUUUCGUCCUUUUUUCGCCAUCUUUGUUUUCACAGAAGUUCUUAAAGACGUGUAACCAGGAUCAUCGAAUAAAAUGCAGAACGAGGCAGGAGAAAACGUAGACAUGUACACACCAAGGAAAUGCUCCGUUACCAAUCGUGUUAUUGGGGCCAAAGACCAUGCCUCAGUUCAGUUGAAUGUCGGACAGAUUGACGAGACUGGGCGAUUCACUGGCAGUUUUAAGACUUAUGCUUUGUGUGGAAACAUCAGGCAGAUGGGCGAAGCAGAUGAUUCCCUAACAAAGCUUUGUAUAGAAGAUUCCAUUGUUAACAAGAACUAUGACUCCUAAUAUGGAAAUGAAGAGGAAAGAUCUUUCUUGAUAAAUAAAUAAACUUUGUUGUUCUGACUGAA